AUGUUUCACAUCAAAAAGCUGACGAUUCCAGGCCUGGAGCUAACCGCGGCCCUUCUGCUAACAAAAAUUGUCAGCUGGGCACAACGCACAUUGGAAAUCAACGGAGAGACAUACCUUUGGUCUGAUUCUUCAGUAGCUUUGGCAUGGAUCAACAGCCAUCCAUCGAGAUGGAAGGAAUUCGUUCACAAUAGAGUAACGAAAAUCCAGGAAGCAUUACCAACAGCCGUAUGGAGACAUGUCGGUGGGAUUUACAACCCUGCUGACUGCGCUUCACGUGGCAUCUCACCGAGCCAACUCAACGAACAUCACCUUUGGUGGAAAGGUCCUGACUGGCUAGCAAAGCCGCCGUCAGCCUGGCCACAAAAUACAACCAGUUCUCCAACGGAGGUGUCUCUUGAAGAGAGACCAGCAACAGCUCACCCAGUAGCUGCUGAAGCUAGGCAGCAUCCACUGGCAGAGUUCCUCAACAGAUAUUCUACUUUAUCCAAAGUAUUACACGUCACCGCAACGAUGAAUCGAGCCAUACAACGACUUCGAAGACAAGCAACGCCUGAAUCACCAGUAUUAACAACGAUAGAACUCAACGAAGCGAGGACAUUCUGGGUUAAGGUAACACAACACCAAUACUUUGAAUCUGUGUUUCAGAACUUGAACAGAGAUAUUCAACUACCUCGCCAACAUCCACUGGCCAAGCUCACCCCGAGAAUUGAUGAUCAAGGAAUUCUCAGGCUUGGUGGACGACUAAAGAACUCAUUGCUUGAUCCAGACGAGACUCAUCCAAUUAUCUUACCACGACAAUCUCGCCUGACAACGCUCUUCAACAACGAAGCUCACCAGAAAACACUCCACGGAGGAGUUCAACUCACCAUGGCUCACAUCAGACAACGAUACUGGAUCGUUGGUGGCAGAAAGUCAGUGCACGCAGCAAUUCUGCGCUGUGCUGUCUGCACCAGAUUCAGGGCAACAAGAGCCCAACAGUUAAUGGGUCAACUUCCAACAGCCAGAGCAACGCCUUCAAGACCAUUCCUGCAUACUGGAGUGGACUAUGCAGGGCCACUUCCAAUCCUGAAGUGGAGACCAACGAACGCGCAACCAUCAACGGUUCAUAUAGCGGUUUUUGUGUGUUUCACAACCUCAGCUGUUCACCUUGAACUGGUCAACAGACAAACAGCGGAUGCAUUCAUCGCAGCAUAUAAAAGAUUUACUGGAAGGCGAGGCAUUCCAGCUGUCAUGUACAGCGACAAUGCAACGACAUUUGAAGGAGCAGCCAACGAACUCAACAGACUCUACAACCAACAAUCUCCAGAAAAUCGACAAAUUAGAGCUGCUCUUGCCUUCAACGGAACCCAGUGGCAAUUCUUCCCACCAAAUGCUCCUCACUUCGGAGGCAAGUGGGAGGCCGCUGUAAAGUCAACGAAGUAUCAUCUACGACGAGUAUUAGGAACAACAACGUUCACAUACGAAGAGCUCAACACGAUCCUGAUACAAAUCGAGGCCUGUCUCAAUUCACGGCCUAUUGUGCCGAUGAGGGAUGACCCAGAUGACCUUCAGGCUCUCACACCAGGACACUUCCUCAUCGGAGAAGCUCUUCAACUACUCCCGGAGCCAUCUCAACUCAACACAAAUAUCAACAAAAUCACACGAUGGAAUCUGGUGACCCAGAAAAUACAACAAUUCUGGUCGAGAUGGUCCAGGGAGUGUCUUCAACGUUACCACUCCAUCUACAAGUGGAAUCAACAGCAACGCAACAUCAGGGUGGGAGACAUGGUCCUGAUGACCAAUGAUGAUCUCCUUCCAGCACGUUGGCCACUGGCACGAGUCAUUGCGGUAAGGCCAGGGGCUGAUGGACUAGUGAGAGUCGCAGAACUGCUCACAGCAACCGCAGAGAUCCCAACGAAUCCAGAUGGAUCACCAUCAACGCAGAACAUUCGGGUGCAACGACAUCAAUACACCCGACCAAUAGCAAAACUUUGCUUGCUACCAACGGACCCAACACCAGCAGACCAACAAGAUGACAACUAG